AUUAGAAUGGUUUUUAACCUAGAGUCUUCUCUAGAUGUUCUUAUACCAGAUUAUCUACUACAUAACUAAUUCCAACCUACAACAAUUUUACAUUAUUUUGUCUCUGAUUUUCUUACAAAUUUAUCUUCAAGUCACUUAACUCUUAGUAAAGUAUACGGGAAAAAAAAUCUGUGCUGUAUAACUUUGGAUGUUUAAAAAAUUAUACUAAAGAGAAAGAUAUCAAGAUUGAGCUAAAGGAAUCCAAGUCUUUUCAGGAAAAAAAAAAAAAAGCUUAAGAAUAUGCAAAACAAAGUUAUUGUAGACAAGCAAGAGGUAACCCACACAGAACUGAAAUUUCCCAGAUCUCAACGGAAGCAAAAAAGACCCAAAACAAAUGAGAGAAAUGUUGUAUCAAAUGAGCAGCAAGCAAGACACAUGGAACUGAAAUCACCCAGAUUUUCUCUCUUUCAGUAUAGAAAAUGGUUGUUUAGGGAAAAAAGAAAAGUUUCACACCACCGAUCUACAAAGUGGCAAGUGAUAGCUUGGAGUCUAGGGAUCUUGUGUGUGGUCCUGAUAAUAACACUGCGUGUCUUGCUUGCAAACUUAUUUUCUGGCAGAGAAGACCAGAACCAAAAAAUAUCAACUAUUCCCACUCUAUCUUCUAAAAAUGGUGUUCAGUUCAGUGGCUCAGUCGUGUCCGACUCUUUGCGACCCCAUGGACAGCAGGACACCAGUCUUCCCUGUCCAUCACCAAUUCCCGGAGUUUACUCAAACUCAUGUCCAUUGAAAUGUUCCUGUGACCUUUGUUCCUCUCACUGGAUUGGAUUUGGAAAUAGUUUUUACCAUCUUUCCAGUAAAGCCGGAACCUGGGUGGAAAGCCAUGCUGCCUGUGCAGAGCUGAAUUCCCACCUUCUAAAGACUGAUAAUAAGGAAGAGCUGGAAAUUUUAUCACUGCUAGAAGCAAAAGGAUGGAUAGGUCUUCAAAUCAAUGAAAGCAGUGAAUCCUGGUUAUGGGAAGAUGGCACCACAGUAAAUGAAAGCCUAUUAGAAUUCCUGAAAAUGGAUCAUGGCAGUUAAGCCCUAGGAAACAAGUACUACAUUGAUGUAACCAGCACCCAGAUAAUUGAAUGAUAUUCCAAGUACCUGAGAAAUGCCUCUUGGACAUUGUCUCCAGGAAUAACUCCUCAUCUUCAUUAACAGCUAUCCAUUCCACAUCAUUAUUCUUUUUGGGAAUAAAUCCCCACUACAGUACAUUUUGUCCUAAUUUAUAAUAGCAGAGAUUAGAUUUACCUGGUUUUAGACUGUAUGAAUAAAUGGAAUCUUAUAGACUAAACUAUUUGUGUCACUUUUUCCCCUCAAAAUUGUUUGUGAUAUUAAUCUACAAUGACAUGAACAGUUUAAAUAAAAGAGAUACCAUAAAGAGAUAUUCAGCCUCAGAAAGACUAGGAAAAUGUAAAUUUAAAUAAUUCAAGAAAAUCCUUUCUGUUGGUGAAGGCUUUAUUGGUAAGAUAUCUCUUACAUCCUUAAACUAAGAUGAUGAACUAUUAUCUUGACCUUUUGUUAAAAAUAAAUAGCUAGGUUGUAG